AUGCCACCAAGAGUAGAUAGCGUAGCACUACUCGAACACACCAUGCAGAUGAUCAGGGAAACUCACACCAACUGGGACGAAGACCAAGUCUUGGAGCAUGCCUUCUCGCUAAUAAACCUCCAACCCAACACCAACCAAGCAGAGAAGAUCCCCAAGUCGGUGCUCAGCAUCAUCUCACAAAUCAUCAAGCUCAACGAGAACAACUGGGCCAUCUGGGAGCCAAUGUUCAUGGACUGCAUCUGCCCAAUCAAGAACGCCAAGCAGAUCCUCACUGAGGAGAUUCCCAGUGGUUAUACCGACUAUGAUGAGGAACUAGACAGCCACUUGCUGGGUCUCAUCUUGUCCUCCUGUGACCACGGACCCACCAGCCGUAUCAACACCUACACCGUGCGGGAGCAAGGUGAGGAGGAGCAGCUCGGCUCUACACUCUACAAGAAGCUCAAAGCUGCUCUCACAAUAAACGAUGAAGUUAAGCUCUCCACCAUUCACGACCGGGUACACGAAGUCAAGCUAGCCCAGUGCAACAUUGCCAACCUUGGUAAGGAGCUCGAUCAAAUCUGGAAUGACGCAGCCAGGCUCAGUAGCCGCAUGGACGAAAAGCUCAAGAAGUCUACCCUGUACCGCUGCGUCAAAGACGACUGGCUCUACACCCAGACAGUAGACUCCCUCAAAGCUGCUCAACCUGGUUGCAGCUAUGAGUAUGCCUAUCAUGCACUAGCUAAGAAGCACCAAGAAGCCGAGCUCUCAGGUCGUAUCCGAGCCAUGGCCAGAGCCGUGAGCAAUAGAAGUUCAACAGGCCAAGCUGGCGAGCAUAGGCAGGUUCUUAACCAAGAGGGCUACAAUAGGGGCAGGCGCGACCCCGCAAACCCUAAUGAACCGGCCAAGUGCUAUAGGUACAGUAUGUGGAUUCUCGACUCUGGAGCUACACAUCACAUGGUACGUGAUGAGGGUAAGCUCAUUGCUCUGACACCGAAGCAAGGAUCCGUAGAUACUGCUGGACAUGAACGGUUCAAGAACCUAUUGUCCAUCCCAGCGCUGACUGAAAAUGGUGCAUGCAUGAUAUUUGAAGAGUCUGGAGCUACUAUCCUCCAGCAUGAUGGGAGCAUGGUCAAGAGCAAGACCAACUGGCGCAAGAAGAGAUGGGAGGUUUACGGUGACUCCCUAGCAGCACAGCUCAAUGAUCCCCUAGAGGGCAUUGAUGCUACCACAACACCAGCAAAACCCACAAGCCACACGACAAGCAAGCUAUGGCACAAACGAUUCGGUCAUCCUGGCAGGAACAAAACCAAGCAAAUCCAGGCCCACUACUUAGGAAAAGAAACACAGCUUGGACAUGACGCAAGGGAUUGCAACUGUUGCAGCCAAGCAAAGCAAACACACGCAAGAAUGACAAGUAGCAAAACAGAGCGAGCCCAGGCACCCCUGGAGCUGGUACACAUUGACUUGAUGACGGACCUGAAAGGCCAUCCCAACUACCACCAUGCACUGGUAGUUGUAGAUGACUCAUCAUCCUAUGUAUAUGUGAAACCACUCCUCAGCAAGGCCGAAGCAUUCCCCGCCCUAAAGGCAUGGAUCAAGGCAGCAGAGAUAGCAAUGGACCACACGCUAAAGUGCAUCCACAGCGACAAUGGAACAGAGUGGUCCAGCUUUGGAGCAGAAGAAUGGAAACGAGAAGCAGGGUUCAAGUGGCAGAAAACCACACCUUAUGUCAGUGCCCAGAAUGGGAGAGCAGAGCGCAUGAUCAGAUCCCUUCAAGAAAAGAUGCGUGCAAUGCUUGUCCAGAGAUCAGUACCAAAGGAGCUGUGGCCCUACGCCAUCAUGGCUGCAGGGCACACACUGAACUUGACACCCUCUACCGAAGCAAAUAGGAUUCCAUAUGAGGACUUCCACCGCAAGUCUGCGCAUGGCUUGGCCAAGCAGCUGCGUGUCUUUGGUUGCCUUGCUUGGGUCCACCUCCCCAAGAAGGAUCAUACAGGAAAGCACAGCAUAAGAGCAAUCCCAGGAAUCAUGGUCGGCUACGAUGACGAGCACAAGGGCUGGAAAUUCUUUACCCCCGGCCACACCCCAUCUAUACGGUGGAGCAACUCAGCCACAUUCCAUGAAGCCAAAGGUUGGCAUGAUCGCCCCAGUGUGCAGAGCCCACUGCAGUUCAGCUUCGAGAGCCUCGAAGCAGAAGAUACUAGACCCGAGACAGAUAGCGACAAGCCUGAAUUGGAGGUGGAAGUACUUGACACAGAGGGCCCACUUCCCAAAAUACACACUGCACUGCCCGCUGACCCUAUAGAUGACAACAGGUCGGAGCUCGAUGUUGAAGAGAUAAUUGGAGAAGCACACACAGCCACCCUGAACCUCACACCGACCUUAAAGGAAGCACUCGCCAGCGAUGAUGCACAACAAUGGCAGGAAGCCAUACGCAAGGAGCUGGACGGACUUGAGGCAAUGGGAACAUGGGAGAUUGUGGACGUUCCACCAAACACUAGACUUGUCGACUCCAAAAUAGUCCUUCGGCUCAAAUUGGAUGCCGAUGGCAUACCUGUCUGGCACAAAGUGAGACUCGUCGCAUGGGGCUUCACACAGCGGGAGGGUAUCGACUUGGAAGAAACCUUUGCGCCUGUGGCACCGCUCAGUGCAAUAAGAGCCCUGUUAUCCUUGGCAGUGGAGCGCAACUGGGAAGUCCAUCAGCUUGACAUCACAAUGGCUUACCUCAACUCCACGCUCAACCAUGUAAUCUACAUGAAACCACCAGAAGGUGCCAAAGUGCCGAAAGGGAAAGCCUACCGAGUCAUCAAGGGACUGUAUGGCCUUAAACAGUUGGGACGGGAAUGGAACAUGGAGUUUGAUAAGUUCCUGCGACGCUCAAACUUCCACAGGCUCAACUGCACACCAUGCAUCUACACUAGAGGAGAAGGAGAUAACUUUGCAAUAGUGGUCAUCUAUGUUGACGACAUGCUAAUUAUAGCUCCAACCCUAGAAACAGUAAGGCGUAUCAAGGAGGAAAUAGGCCAAAGAUGGCGGAUGGAGGAUGGUGGCAAUGUCUCCCACUUCCUCAGGAUCAAAAUCACCAGGGAUCGAGAAGCGAAAACCAUGGACCUCAAGCAAACUAGUUAUGUUAAGCAGCUUCUGGAUGAACAUUUGGACAAGCGCAGAAGGAAGUCUAGCGUACCACUCCAAGACAUCCCAGUCCCAGAAAUGGCAGCAAGCAUAGCAGAACGAAAGGAGUACCCACAGAUCAUUGGCAAACUCCUGUGGUUGUCUAAUGGAACACGUCCAGACAUCAGCCAAGCCGUCAGCGUCCUUGCACACUAUAUGACACAACCGUCAAGGGAGCACUACAACGCUGCACAGAAAGUACUCCAAUAUUUGGACUACACACGAGAUAUCCACUUGCAAUAUGGCAGCAACAAGCAACAAGACUUUCUGACGGCGCACAGCGAUGCAAACUGGGCAAGCGACGCUACAGCACAAUGCAAAAGCUCAUCUGGUUCAGCAGUGUUCGUGUAUGGCAACCUGGUAGCAUGGAAAUCAGCACUACAGUGCUGCACCGCCUUAUCAGCGGUGGAAGCAGAAUUUGUAGCUGUGACAGAAGCCGCACAAGAGGUCCUGUUCUUCAAACACCUCUUCAAGGCCAUUGGAAUUGAUGUUGGUAUCCCUACAAUCUUUUCAGACAACACUGGUACCAUCCAGGUUAGCAAGGACCCCGCACAACACUGGAAGUUAAAGCACAUUGACACCAAAUACCACUUCAUCAGAGACAACGUGCAAGAUGGAAAGGUCAAGAUCAAGUACAUUAACACUGCAGAUAACUUGGCAGACCUCUUUACCAAACCAGUGGGAAAGACUAUACUACAGCACGCGCGACAGGGACUGGGACUAAAAGCCCAGCAUGAUGCAGUGGCUCGGCAGUCUCCUGCCUUGCCACUGAGGGAGGCAGUUGAGGGAGUUGAAGUAGAUAAAGCUACACAAAGCAUAGAGACAGCGAGGUCAUUAUCCAUGCAGAAAAUCAGAUUCCUCAACUUAAGCUCACCCAAAACUGAAAAAACACAUGUUUCUAAAAACACACCUCCAGACCCAGUAAAAUGGACUCACUUUUUUGUCACUCUCCAAAAUGAAGUGCAGAUGCAUGGAUGGGCAUCUGCUUGCUUCACUUCAUCACACUGGAGCUUCUUUCGUGGUGAUGCGGGCAAGCCUGGCAGGCUCGGCGAAGAUGGCAUGUCAUGUGGCGGAGUGGACACGGCGGGAGAGGCAGGAGAAGAACCGGGAUUGAGCGUAGGAGGAAGCAAUGGAAUCAAAUUGCGCGAUGCAGUUAUUGAAAGGGAGGGUGGGAGCGCAAUCGGUGCUGAGUCUGUUGGUCAACGAUGUCGGGGAAAACGAUGGGGAGGAGGCUAUCAUACGGGCUCUUCUUACGCCAGCCAACGUCGAGUUGAAGUCCGCGGGAACACGAUUGCCAAGAUUAAAGGGGUACUGGCUAAAACUCCCUUACAUCUGACCCGAGCUGUAGGCAUUGCGAGGGAGCUGCACGAACUUGAACCUCACAUGGCGAAGCUUUCGAAGCUCAGACCUCUUUCCAUGGACGAUAGCUCUGUUCUGGCGUUGAAUUCGAGAGACGAUGAGGAGGAGGAGGAGGAGAUGCAAGCUGAUCAACCAUCCAAUCUGGAGCAACCAGACGAAGAGAUGCCACAAGCCAACACUGUCGUUCCGAACCAUCAAGACGAUGAAGCUGGACUAGCGGAGGCCUCGAAACCGCAAGCAAACGAGAAUUGGGAAGACCUGAUCGACCACCAAGAGCAUCUCCUUCUUCAGCUAGCUAGGACCUUGGGUUGGAAGUCAACCAUUCAAACCUCCCUCACUUCUACCGCCACUGCUGAGGAAAAGGAAGAGGUACUGAUGACUCUGGCUAAGAUUCGAGAUCUCAUCUUGCCUCCCCCAUCCUCCUCCGACUCUUCUGAGUGA